AUGAACAACCUAAUAGUUUUAAUACUCAUACGGUUGGUAAGAUCGAAGAUGUUGGGACACUUAGAAACACUAUCAAAUAUCCAAGUGGUUUGACCCUCUCGUAUGAUAAAACAAACCUUGGUGUUCUAGAGUUACCACCUACAGAUACCGGUGGUAAAUCUAGUGUAGACAUGAAAUUUGAUUCAGCAUUCAAGGUUACCAAUAUUGAGGGCCUUGUGAAGUUUUCUGGAGAUCUCUUAAAAGAAUCUAAAGUUACAUUUACGAUUAGUGCUAAUGAUCUAGUAGUGGACACAGAAGAUUUUAAUAUAACAGUAGCUAAUCUCAGCAUGAGCAAGGAAAUCACUAUUGAUGGAUUCGGUGGUUUACAAGACGUAACAAUCAGUGACAUUGAUCUAGCUAAUCACAAUGCUAUUGGAAUAAAAGCUAAAAUGAAAAACCCUUCAAAUGUUGGUAUGAAUAUGGGAGUAGUGAACUUCACCUUAACAGCAAUCACAAGUCACUUAACAGAGAAAACAGGACUUAUCGGACCAUUAGUUGCUAAUAAUCUUACAAUGCAAUCUAAAACGACAAAUGAAGUUGACUUUAUACUUAGUCCAACUAAUUUCGCAAACCUUUUUCAAUUGAUAUCUUGUGGAGGAUCUAUACUUAUUCAAGGAGUUUCAGUUAAACCGAGUACUGGAGCUAAUGUUCCAUGGCUGAAUAUACCGAUUCAGAACUAUAAAGUUAUUAAGCCUUUCCCCCCACUUUUGCCACAUGAAGUAAAUUCAUUACUCCAAUCAAUACCAGCAGGAGAAAUUGAUUCAAGCCAUGUCUGCUCCAACACAUCCAAAACCACAGACACACCGAAAGGAACAGCGACAAACGCACCGAAAAAAACAGAUCCACCGAAAGCUAAAGAAUCAAAUCCACCGAAAGCGAAAGAAUCAAAUCCACCGAAAGCGAAAGAAUCAGAUGCACCGAAAGCGAAAAAAUCAGAUGCACCGAAAAAACCAGAUGCACCGAAAAAAACAGAAGCACCGAAAGAACCAAAAGAACCAAACGAACCGAAAGAAUCAAAAGAAUCAAAAGAACCAAAAGAAAGACCUGGUUUAUUAACAAGAUCAAUAUUAGAAACGGGUGUGCCAAAUAUGAUUGUCAUAGAAAAAGAUGAUCGUUUUUUACCCGCUCUCACG